GUCCUCCCCCCUGGCGCGCCUCGUCGGCGCCGAAAAUGUCGAGAGCACGUGCCAAGGAGCUCACGGACAGACUGACCGUUACCAAGUGGCCACCGCGAAAGCCCUACAGUGCAAAGAACCUGUUGGACGAGCUCAAGAAGGUGCAGCAGCAGCAGAAGGCGCGAUCGACGCCGGCUGCCGCUGCCAUGAGUGCGAAGGAUCAGCGCCUCUACUGUGAGGAUCUGGCGAAGCCAAUCCCGAAGCCACCGAGGUACCGCCAGAGGCAUCGAUGCAGAAAGGCCUACUCCCCAGUCAUGGUCGCAACACAGCGGGCCAGCGUACAGCGGCUGUCGCGACCAAGAUCAGCGCCCUUACCAG